ACGAAUCUAGUAUACCCUUUUACUCUACGAGUAACGGGUAUAAUAAAAAACGCAUUUUAUCUUUGACAUUUUGUGCCAUAUGUUUCGGUUUGCCUCUUCUGUGGGCCAAGUUCAUUCAUAAACAAAUUAGAGAAAAUUCGUCUGGCCCGUUUUCUUCUUCUUUCAAGUCUUGGCCCCCACAAUUAAAUCGAAAACACAACGUUCCCACCUUCCACAUCUCUACCCCUCCGAUCCUGGAGAGAAAACCCGUAGAAGCUACGUAUAAAUAAAUAAAUAAACAAGCGUUUAAUUGAACCGGAAAUUAUUGUGUGUGGGUUGUUUGAAUGCUUCUUCUUCUUCUCUAUCCCGCACAUAUGUGUGUUGAAGUGCAUUAGUGUGUGUGAGUGUGCGUCUUAUUGGAAUUUGUUCACUUUUAUUUAGUUUUAUCCCACAGAUGUUGUUGUUUGUUCGCAUUGCGUUCUAGCUCUCCAACUUGUUUGCCCAGUUGGUUUAUCGUGGUGGGAAAGAGAGGGGUGUACGGGGAGCGAAAGAGAAGGAGACAUGUGUGAUGGAGAAGACUUCUUGCUUUCGGGCAACAAAAACAUAUAUACUUUUCUGAUUAGUUCUAUUCUCAGUUAUGGUAACAAGUGCCAGAGAUUUAAGCUGACAUUCGAGUAUGCAGUAAAGUUUUUGGAAUACUUAAUACUUUCACUUAAAGAAGAUUUAAAACUUUUUCUAUAAUUUAUAAGACUCUGAGAACAGUUGCCAUUUUAAGCAAAUCAUGAAGUUACCUAACAUACUUGGCCGAUUAUUCACUAAAUAAACAUCUAAAGAGCUUUACAGAGAAUUUAGCAAUCAUCGUUUACAUUGGAAAUUGGGAUUCCCCAACUGAAUCCCAUUAACCCUUCAACUCAUCACAUUAGCGUGAUAUUUUCAAUUUCCUUGUGUGGGUGUGUAUCUGUUCUUGCACGUAUCUGUGUGUGUGUGUUUCGUGUAUCUUGCAACACAUUGUAGUAAAUUAUACUUGACAGUCGUUGCAUGUUCGACUUGCGAUACUCGACAGUUUCCAUUUCCAUUAAUGGCUACUCAGCCACGCCCCCCACUUGUUGAAUUAAAUAUAAUUUGAUGUUAUUUAUUUGGCUGGAGAAAUUAGAGUAGAUAUCUUCACUGGAUAAUCUGGUAUCUCAACACCAUAAUUACCCAGUGAAAGGGCAUAAAAUAUCCUGUAGACAUCGAAGGACACAUCAGUACCGCCAAAAUGUCCCGCUUUGUGACAGCUUUCAAUAAGACGGUUGUAGAAUAUUUUCGAAAAACAAGUCUCAACGGCUUUGGUCUGCUCUACUUUAUAAGAAAACGCAGAAUGCAAAGAAUCUUCUGGUUUUUGUUUAUUAGUUUUGGCAUACUUUUCGCUAGUUAUGCAGUGUUCUCGAUGAUUCUGGAAUUUCUCAGCUAUUCAACAAUUACAGAUCUCUCGGAAUUAAAGGUUUUGGAAGAGGAAAUGAUUUUUCCUGAGCUAAAAAUAUGUAGUGGUUAUAAAUUUAGUCGGAGGAAUAUGUUAGCUUUUGCUCUGGAUUUAGUAAAUUCCCACAACAAAUCGCAGGAUUACUGGCUAAACAAAUUGUCAUUGCUGUCUGGAUACUUCGAUCCCUUGUCUGUAAGAGAAGAGGAUGUUUAUGACAUAAAUUCUGUACUCGAUAUGAAGAAUAUAUCCUCAAUUUUACUCGGCCUAACACCAGCAUGUGAAUCUUUAAUACUCAAGUGUAAAGUGAAUAAUAUUUCUACUUAUUGCUCGCAACUAUUUAAAUUAAAACCUUAUAAGGAGGGAAAUUGUUGUGCUUUAAGAAAGAGUAAUCUAACUGGAGAGCUCUCACUUUUUGUGGAUUCCUCACAAGUAGAUGAAUAUCCUUUAAAUGGUAAUUUUCCUGGCCUCAGCUUACAUGUUCCAAGUUGGCAGGGUAGAAUUAGUAUUAACCCUGGCGAAAUAGCAGCUGUGGAAAUAGAAGUUAUGGAACUUCAGGGAAAUGCUCAACUAAACGAGUUUGCCGUAGAGAAGCGAGGUUGUUAUUUUUCUCAAGAGGGUGAAAGUAGGGAAAAGUGCCUGCAUGAGUGUAGAAUAAAAGCCACGCUAAUUAAUUGCCAGUGUGCGUCAUAUCCAUUCGAGUUUAGUACGCAAAAGUUUAAGCAUUGCACUUUGGAGAACAUAACAUGUUUGCAGUUGGUAGAAAGAAACUGGUCACCAGCUCAGUGUCCGCAAUGUUUGCCGCUCUGCAAUCAAAUGUUUUACAGGUUGAACAAACAAAUCCUUGGGCAUUUGCAUCCUUGGAGAAGUGAGUUGACUUUCAAAUUUAAAAUGCCACGUCGACAGCUGUACAAAACAAACAUACUCUAUCAUUGGUAUCAAAUGCUGUCAAACGUUGGCGGCGUUCUGGGCAUUUGCAUUGGCUGCUCCUUCAUCAGUGGCUUCGAGUUGAUCUACUUUCUGGUCUUUCGCCUGUGGUCCAACUAUCAUCGACAGUCCGAGAUUUAAUUAAGUCAAAUGUUACACAUACGCCGUGUGGGCAAAUUUGUUGCGAUUUAUCUCGUUGACAACGUGCCAGCGACAGGGUCGCAUUAAUCUUGAUGACUUGAAUUGUAACUGAGGCGAAAUAAACGAGUGAAAAA